UGUUUAGGCCUUGCCUUCCAAUUCCUUUUUUGUUUUGGAAGGAAUUGAAAUGCCAUUUCAUAGAAUUUUUAGAAUGGGUUGUGGCGUUUCCAAGAUAGAUUCCAAUGGUGCUGCCACACCUAAUAGAUCUAUCCUCCCUAAUUUCAAUACUCGGAAAAAACAACCAAACAAAUCUAUCCCUUCUAAAAAAGAAUCAUUGUUGUUGAUGCCUGAAAAUAAUGAUGAUAGACCUUCAAUUUCUAAGACGAAAUUUUAUGAUAAUUCGAAUGGUCUUACGUCCGAGGUGUCGAAUAAAAAAGAUGACGAUGAAAAAAGAGUCGCGAGGAUAAAGACAAUGGUUGAGGAAGCGGAGAAAAAUGAUGAAGGAGAGGAGAAGGAGGAGGAUAAUAAUGAUGAUGAUGAUCAGAGGGCGAUUAAAAAGGUUCAUGUUAAUGAGCAAGAUGAUAAUGCUUUCCCUAAUUCCCCAAGUUUUAGGGUUUAUUUUACGGAUAAGGAGGUUGAAACAAAGAAGAAGAAUGACUGUUUUAACAAGGUUGACUUGAAGGAUGAUGUUACCCCAGUUGCAGCUAAUACCAUAUUACCAACAAAGGAUUUGGAGUCAUCGAUGGAGAAAGAGGAGAAGAAAGAAAUAAGAAAAAGGAGUACUUUUAGAAAUGUGUUACCAAAGAACUUGUUGAAUGGCCGAUCAUCAUCAACAUCUCACUCUCCAACUCGAUCCUCUUAUCAUCAUAAAGUAGCUUCUUGAUCAUAUGGCAUGUUGAGGGGGAAAUUAUUUAAAACACCUCCACACAUGCAUUGCUUUGUUUUGUUUCUCUUUUUACUCUUUAUCAAAUGCUAAUAAUAGAAGGUUCUUCAGGCUUUUAUGUAUUACGAAUUCGAGAUAUAUUAUAAGCUAAGUGUAACAAAAUUGAAUUCAUUAUUUGUAAAUAAAAUAUUCUUUUAUA